AUGGUUGAAGAUGAGGGUGAAGUUUUGAAUGGUCCUCCAUCUCUGAAUGUCUUGCGUGAAAAUAAGGCUAAAUUUAAAAUUGGGUUUGAUCCAUCUCAGGGAAGCAUCAUGAAGCAUGAAGAUAUAUAUGAUGUUAACCCAGACACUUUUAUUCUUCCAAUCUCUUUGAUUAAACACUGGGGGGGGGGUCAAAAGGGUUAUGAGAUUCUCACAAAGCCGAAGGGUGGAGUUAUUCUUGUCAAAGACAAAAGGAUUGGCCAGCACAAGCCAUUGAACAAUUGUGGCCCUCAUGGCUCAUGUGGCCAAACACUUAGCUUCACUUCUUGCUCCACGUUUCCUGUUCUGAGUGCUACGAUUACUGCAAAGCAUUUGGCAAACAAGGAAAAAUAUAUAUCCAAUAGAUCGCAACAUCUCUGGACAAUCCCACAGUAA